UCGCCAACUGCCGGCCGUCAUAUAGAGGGUAGAGGUCCGGUUACUCACAGUGACCAAUCUAAGUGUAUUUGAUGCAGACAUGAUUACGCUCAUCGUGGUACUGGUGCUCUUUCUGGUGUGGUGGCUGGGAAAGCCGAAGAAGAUUGCCUUUACAGCUCCAGGUCCCAAACCUUGGCCAAUAAUCGGAAGUCUACAUCUUCUGGGCCAGCACGAAUCACCCUUCGAAGCAUUUACCGCGCUUAGUAAAAUCUACGGGGAUGUCUUCAGCAUUACGUUAGGAUCCACACCGUGUGUCGUUGUCAAUAACUUCAAAUUAAUUCGAGAAGUUCUUAUCACUAAGGGUGCCGAAUUUGGUGGUCGACCCAAUUUUAUGCGUUUCCACAAACUGUUUGGAGGAGAUCGUAAUAAUUCACUUGCCCUCUGCGAUUGGUCCUCCUUGCAGAAGACACGUAGAAGCAUUGCGCGCAUUUAUUGCGCUCCCAAAUUUACAUCUCUUCAAUACGACGACGUCAAUAAAGUUGGCACCGAAGCCGUUGAAGUGCUUUUAGUCGAAUUACGAAAACAACCCAUGGGUCAACCAGUACAAGUUAAACCUUUGAUUCUGGCAGCGUGUGCAAAUAUGUUCACUCAGUACAUGUGCUCGACAAGUUUUGAUUAUCGGAACGUCGAAUUCCAGAAGAUCGUCAGAUACUUCGACGAAAUAUUUUGGGAAAUUAAUCAAGGUUACGCGGUGGAUUUCCUUCCGUGGUUGCUUCCGUUUUACUCCGGCCACAUGAGGAAGAUAUCCGACUGGGCGAGCGUAAUUCGAAAAUUCAUUCUAGCCAGAAUAAUCGAUCAACAUCGAGCGUCUCUAGAUCCGGGAGUUCCCCCAAAGGACUUCACCGAUGCCCUUCUUUUGCAUCUCGAAGAAGACCCUAACAUGAAUUGGCAGCAUAUUAUAUUCGAAUUAGAAGAUUUUCUUGGCGGGCACUCGGCGGUAGGCAACUUGGUAAUGGUAACCCUCACAGCUAUAGUCAAGUAUCCAGAAAUUGCUAAACGAAUUCAAGCAGAAGUGGAUUCGGUAACGGCCGGCACUCGGUACCCUAAUUUGUUUGAUAGAUCAGCGAUGCCGUUUACGGAGGCGACCCUUUGGGAAACACUACGAACAGCAUCCUCCCCGAUUGUACCACACGUUGCGACAACAGACACAGAAAUCGAUGGUUACACCGUUAAGAAAGGGACGAUGGUUUUCGUAAACAAUUACGAGUUAAAUGUCGGCGCCGAUUAUUGGAAGAACCCUCAAGAAUUUAAUCCGGAAAGAUUCAUAUCCGAAGACGGAACAAUUGUAAAGCCAUCACACUUCAUUCCAUUUAGCACAGGAAAACGUACAUGUAUUGGGCAACGACUCGUGCAGUGUUUUAGUUUUAUAAUCUUGGCCACGCUUCUGCAGCAUUAUGACAUUAGUUCCACAGAUAAAUGUGAGGUAAAGCCUAGUUGCAUGGCGGUUCCACCUGAUUGCUUUCGUUUAGUGUUCACUCCUAGACAAGUUCAUUAAAAAUUCGCGGCUUCUCUAAUCUAUGCAUACUUGUGCUUUUAUAUAAUAAGAGUGUAAUUCCAUUGCAUAUUAGUAAUAGUACCUGUGCUGUUAGUGUAAAAUUACAGUCAAUCCUGUACUUUGUUAAUAAUAGUGUCGCCAAUAUUAUUCUUCGUUUAUAGGUGUAAUUGUAAAAAGUAAUUAGUAAUUUAUACUUUAAUCUUAAGUCUCCCCAGCGUUAAGUCCAAUAUUAUGAGACUGAAUAAAUUAUCUAUUUUAUUAUA